CCUCAGCAGCCGAAAGAUCAACUUGUUUCGUUCUUCAGAGCAACUUCUAAAGGAUAACAGAAACAGACAUGAUCAUCCAAUUUUCACCAAAUUAGUCCUUCAACUAAAUGCAUGUGAGGCAGGCUGCAUCUCUGUGUUCUCUUGUUCAUCCCUGUUUCACGGACGCUGCUCAUUGACCCCGGCUACGGGAGAUGAUUGUAUCAGGGCAGCAACAGGGUCACAUCAUCAUGCCUUUUACGGAUUUAGAGCUGCCUUUGCUCUGCUUUCCACAUCGGAGCUCACAGUUUUUGCCCGGCCAGCAGCAGUAUCGGUGGAGUGGGUGCACAUUGUGAGACCACGGGACACAGAAGGGAGAUGCAGCAGAGGGUGAACUCGGUGUGGUACCAUGGCAAGCUAGACCGAACCAUUGCUGAGGAGCGUCUGCGCCAGGCCCGGACUCCUGGCAGCUACCUCAUCAGGGAAAGUGACCGCCGGCCCGGUUCCUUUGUCCUGUCUUUCCUCAGUAUGACCAAUGUGGUCAACCACUUCAGGAUAAUCGCCAUGUGUGGGGACUAUUACAUUGGUGGGCGGCGGUUCUCGUCUCUAUCAGAUCUGAUCGGUUACUACAGCUAUGUGUCUUGCCUACUAAAAGGAGAGAAACUGUUAUCACCAGUGGCACCUCCAGAGCCUGUAGAGGACAGGAGGAGAGUCAGGGCCAUACUUCCAUACACCAAAGUGCCAGAUACUGAUGAGAUCAGCUUCCUGAAAGGGGACAUGUUUAUUGUUCACAAUGAACUGGACGAUGGCUGGAUGUGGGUGACCAACGUUCGCACAGAGGAGCAAGGGCUCAUUGUGGAGGAUCUUGUUGAAGAAGUAGGCCGGGAAGAAGAUCCACAUGAGGGAAAAGUCUGGUAUCACGGAAAGAUCACCAAGCAAGAGGCCUACAGCCUUCUGAUGACAGUCGGCCAGGUGUGCAGUUUCCUCGUCCGGCCGUCAGACAACACACCUGGGGACUACUCCCUCUUUUUCCGCACCAAUGAAAACAUCCAAAGGUUUAAGAUCUCCCCCACCCCCAAUAAUCAGUACAAUGGGGGGAGGUACUACAACAGUGUUGAUGACAUCAUUGACCAUUAUAAGAAAGAACAGAUUGUUGAGGGCUACAAUCUAAAAGACCCAGUUUCAGUGCAGCAGCAGGAACAAGUACUUACUGACACAGUGGAUGGGAGAGAAAUUUAUAACACUAUCAGACGGAAAACAAAAGACGCUUUCUACAAAAACAUUGUCAAGAAAGGCUACCUCCUGUUCAACAAAGGCAAAGGCAAGCGGUGGAAGAACCUUUACUUCAUCUUGGAGGGAAAUGAUGCGCAACUCAUUUAUUUUGAAAGUGAGAAGAGAGCCACAAAACCCAAAGGGCUGAUCGACCUAAGUGUGUGCUCCGUGUACGGUGUGCACGACAGUCUGUUUGGCAGGCCAAACUGUUUCCAGAUUGUUGUCCAGCACUUUAGCGAGGAACAGUACAUAUUCUACUUUGCGGGAGAGGCUCCAGAGCAGGCACAGGAUUGGAUGAAAUGCCUUCAAACGUUCUGUAGUAACCUAAGGAAAACCACUCAGCCCACCUCCAACAAGAGGCUCAGACAGGUGAGCAGUCUGGUGCUUUAUGUGGAGGAGGCCCACAAGCUGCCGGGGAAGUAUUUCACCAACCCCUACUGUAACAUCUACCUGAACAGUGUCCAGGUUGCUAAGACGCACCCGAGGGAGGGGCAGAACCCCGUCUUUACUGAGGAAUUCAUCUUUGAUGACUUAUCCAGUGAAAUUAACCGAUUUGAAAUCAGCCUGAGCAACAAAACAAAAAAGAGCAAAGAAAGUGACAUCCUGUUCAUGCGUUGCCAGCUAAACCGUCUGCAGAAGGGCCAAAUGAUUGAUGAGUGGUUCCCUCUCAGCUCCCAUGUUCCUCUGAAGGGCAUCGAGCCGGGCUCCUUGCGUGUACGUGCCCGCUACUCCAUGGAGAAGAUCAUGCCUGAGGAGGAGUACAGCGAAUUCAAGGAGAUGAUCUUGCAGAAAGAGUUCCAUGUCAUCUACGCUUUGGCUCAUGUGUGUGGUCAGGACCGCACCCUGCUGGCGAGCCUCCUUCUGCGCAUCUUCAGACACGAGAAGGCUGAAGCCCCUUUACUCAGGACGCUCAAUGACAGAGAGAUUAGCAUGGAGGACGAGGCCACAACGUUGUUCAGAGCGACCACACUGGCCAGCACGCUGAUGGAGCAGUACAUGAAGGCCACAGCCACACCCUUCGUCCACCACGCUCUCAAAGACACCAUCCUCAAGAUAAUGGAAAGCAAACAGUCCUGCGAGUUGAAUCCUUCCAAACUGGAAAAGAACGAGGACGUGAACCUGAACUUGGCUCAUCUCCUCAACAUACUUUCUGAGCUGGUAGAGAAGAUCUUCAUGGCUGCUGAGAUUCUACCACCGACACUGAGGUUCAUCUAUGGCUGUCUGCAGAAGUCAGUGCAACGGAAGUGGCCCAACACCACAAUGCGGACGAGAGUUGUAAGCGGCUUUGUCUUUCUAAGACUGAUCUGCCCCGCCAUCCUCAACCCCAGAAUGUUCAACAUCAUUGCUGACCCUCCAUCUUCAACGGCAGGCAGGACCCUCACUCUGGUGGCCAAGUCUGUCCAGAAUCUGGCCAACCUCGUUGAAUUUGGUGCUAAGGAACCCUACAUGGAGGGUGUGAACCCUUUUAUCCUGUGCAACAAACAUAGGAUGAUCAUGUUUCUGGAUGAGUUAGGGAACGUUCCUGACCUCCCUGAAGCCACAGAGCACUUUAGGACAGACCUGUCCCGGGACCUGGCUGCGCUACAUGAGGUCUGUGCCACACACUCAGACGAGCUCCGGACGCUGAGCAAUGAGAGGGGCGCACAGCAGCAUGUGCUGAAAAAGCUGCUGGCCAUCACAGAGCUCCUCCAACAGAAGCAGGCUCAGUAUGCCAUGUCCAACAGCAACAGGAUAGAGUGCACCAUCAUGUCUCUGGCUGCUGCCAUCCAGGUAAUGUGAGGUAUUUACGGAUUUCCCCCCCCCGAGAAUCAAAGUGCGGUAGUCAGACCGCACAGCCAGCCAAAGUGAGGCCUCAUCCCAUGAGGUGCACAACCGAAGACUGAAGUGAGUUUGUACUUAUAAGCAUGUGGCCUAGAUUCCUGGCAGUACAGAUGCAAUACGGCUGUUCUCCGUGGAAAACCACUUGCUGCAUAUCUGAAUACUGUCCUUCCAAAGCCCUUUCCAAAAUGCUUCAGACACCAUCCGUGUGUUGAACUUUGACAAGAAGCCUUGUCCUGUGAGACCUUGAGGAGUUGAUUUCUAUGAAGAUCUGAGAUGCAGUGAACUGCAGAAAUGUCUGAACUUCUUUUCUCCUGGCGUUCCUGCCACUCCCUCAGAAGUGGCUGCUGACUGACACGGAGCCAGACACCCUGAUCGGCCGCUCCUUUCUUUGGAAAGCAAAACUUGUGAUGGCAUUAGAGGGGAGGCAAUCCAAAGCAUUGACGUAGCGUUUUCUGCUGUCAUCAGGGAAUUUAAACAUAGCACCUCUUUCCAAGACGACACAAGCCUUAACUCCCUUUCUACUCACCGUGCUCUCACCCGUGUCACCUGAUUUUAUGAUAAGCUCUUCCUCCAAAACCAUUGAAAACUUCCACUGUCUUUGUGUAUAAACUUCCACGCAGCACUGGAACCACUUGUUACGUUUUUUAUACGCUGCUUUGUUUGUUGAUAUUAUCUGCUUAGGCUUCUAUAGAAAUAAACUGUGUUUGUGUAUGAUGUAGCGGAACAGAGCUGAAAGCUAGUCGAAGCGUUUGUAGGAGAUACCUGUAACCCGUCCUGUGCAUGUGUUAACCCUGAAUGGAUCCUGCUAUCGUGUGUGGGCCUACAUAUAUGCUGCUCUAACAACCACCACCUGAACUCCCUCUAUGCCUUUUGGAUGUAAAUGAAAGCUUUCAUGCAUUGCAGUCUCUCUCUCGCUCUCCCACCAUCACGGGUGGCGUUCUCAGUCCACCUCUGCACCGACUGUUUUCAUAUAGAUCCACCCUGAGAAGUCAUGCCAUGCACAGAUUUAUCAAAGUCAUGAGGGUCGGCCUCGUGUGCCUCCUUAAACGAUCCAAGCAGCUGCAAAGUGAAUCUGUGCCUGUCAUAGCUCGAAAGUUUACCAAACUGUUUACUGUAGUUGCACUUAAGAUACCACGGACCUCACCAAGUGUUAACAGACGAGCGGCAACGAAUCAGCCUGAGAGUCUCCUCAUCAGCUAUACCACUAUCAGCUGUGCUCCUUGGUAUGGAUGAUGUAGGUAGCGAUGCGGCAUGCUGUUGUACUUCCUUUCUGUAUUUCAUACAGCUGAUGAUGAUGUGUUCCUUUUUAUUUUUCUACCUGAUACUGAACCUUGAACCUUUUGCAUCUUAGAUACGACAACCGGGCUUAAAUAAAACUGUUACUACAUAUGACAAUGGA